UUGAGCCACAAAUCCUCUAGAUAAUAAUAGAUCAGUGAAAGAGAAGUCGAGAAUAUACUGUAAUUAGGUUUAUUAUUAUUUAUAAUUAUUAUUUCUAUGUUUUUUAUGAUAUUUUUGUUAAGUUUUAUAUCAUUUAUUCACUUUAAUUUCAUUUAUUUAUGCUAAGUUGUUACCAUUCGAACGGAUCCCUUAUUUCUGCUGCAGAGAAGUCUACGUCUAGAAGCGACACUUUGUGACUGACCUGCGAGUGACUGUGAGAACUGUAGGGGAAAAAGAAAAACAGAUUCAUCCCUGCAUUUGAUGGAGAGAAUGUGAGUUUGUCUGGUUAUUUGUCUAGUGAUCAAUAUACAGUAAUAGAGACAGGAUGGAGCUCUGUCCACUCCCUGUUACUCUCUUGCUGAUUUCACUUAUAGCAGUGGCUCAUGCUCAAGGAAAUCCUAAAGCUGCGGUGUCCAUAACGCCUGAUACACAUGUGUUCAAAGGAGAGCGUGCUUUUCUCAGAUGUGACAUUCAGGGAGGAGGAAACACUGAGUGGAUAUACAGCUGGUAUAAAAAUAAUUCCCCACGUGAUACACAGGGAGGGCAUGGAGGUUACUCAACCAGGACAAUGCAGGAAUUCACAGUUUGGUCCAAAUACUCUGACAGUGGUGACUACACCUGCAGAGGAGAGAGUAACUCUCAGAGCUCAGAGAUCAGUGAUGCUGUUACACUGACUGUAUCAGCAAAACCUAAACCAACUCUGAAAGUGAAUUCUCAAAGCUCUAUCUACACUGGAGACACUGUUACUCUGAGAUGUGAGGUGCAGUCCACUGGAUGGGAGUUUCUCUGGCGCAAAUAUAGUCAGCAGUUACAGCUGCUGAACACGGACCAAACAUACACGAACACACAUGAAGUGGCCGUCAAUAAUGCAGGAGAGAUACUAUACCAGUGUUGUGCAUUCAGGCGAUCCAAUCACAAGUACUACGCCACCUUUGUAUAUUACACAGACUUUAGUGAGUCUGUCAAAAUUACUGUAAGAGUAAGACCUAAACCAGUGGCAUCCAUACGUCCUGAUAAUCAGGUGUUCAGUAGAGACGCCGUCACUCUGAGAUGUGACAUACAGGAUGAAAGUGUGUCUAACUGGCAGUACAGCUGGUAUAAAGAUGCUGCACACAGUCCUGUCAGUAGUGAACAGCUGUACAGAAUCCGUGGUGUUAAAGUGACAGACACAGGUAACUACACCUGUAGAGGAACAGAGAGAGGAGGCUCACGCACCUCACACUUCAGUGACGCUCUUACACUAACUGUAUCAGAGAGACCAGAGCCAGUACUGAGUGUAUCUCCACAAAGCUGGCUGACUGAAGGAGACUCAGUGACUCUAAAAUGUGAGGUUACAGACUCCUCUACAGACUGGACAUUCAGCUGGUACAGAGUUCCUUACAGAGAUGGCUUAACUCAAAUAAAACCUUAUCCUGGCUAUAUCAUGUAUGUGGAGCUCCUCUCAGACAGCAGCAGAGGAUCUGGAGGCUCCUACACUCUCAGUCCUGCUGCUCUUAAACACACAGGAGUUUAUAUGUGUAGAGGAGAGAGAGGAGAACCAGCCUUACACACACAGUACAGCAAUCUACAGCCACUAUGGAUCACUGGUAAAUCUCCUCAAGUCUCUCUGAUCAUCAAUCCCAGCAGAACUCAACACUUUACUGAUGACUCUCUCUCACUGAGCUGUGAUGACCAGAGUAACUCUACUGGAUGGACAGUGAGACAAUACACACACAGUGAGGGAGUGUCAGAUUGUUUAUGGUGGGGAUCAAUUACAGGAUCUACAUGUAAAAUCAGCUCCCUCUCCACAUUCUACACUGGAGUUUACUGGUGUGAGUCUGAAUCUGGGGAGACCAGUAAUCCUGUCAACAUCACAGUGCAUGGAAUUCCUAAAGCUGUGGUGUCCAUAACGCCUGAUACACAUGUGUUCAGUGAAGAGUGUGUCACACUUAGAUGUGACCUCCAUGAAGGAAGAGGUACUCAGUGGACAUACAGCUGGAAGAAAAAUAAUGAAUCGCUUUCCACAAAGGCAAGAAAUGGGGUUUACACAGACAGCACAAAACAGGAGUUUAUAAUCUGGUCUGUUGAAUACUCUGACUCUGGUGACUAUACCUGUAGAGGACAUUGGAGUGAGUCUCAGAGCUCAGAGAUCAGUGACAUGGUUACACUGGCUGUAUCAGCAAAACCCAAACCAACCCUAAUAGUGAGUCUUCAGAGCUCUAUCUACGGUGGAGACACCAUCACUCUGAGUUGUGAGCUGCAGCAGUCUACUGGAUGGAGGUUCCUCUGGUACAGAAAUAAUCAGCAGUUACAGCUUCAGAACUUUAAACAAGCAGACACAAACACACUUACAGUUGCAGUCGAUAUUGCAGGAGAAACAGAGUACCAGUGUUGUGCACACAGGACAACCUACCACCAGUAUUACUCCUACCACCACAUAUACUUUACAGAGCGCAGUGAUCCUGUCAAGAUUAAAGCAACAGGUGAAUCUCCUCCUGUCUCUCUGAUCAUCAAUCCCAGCAGAACUCAACACUUUACUGGUGACUCUCUCUCACUGAGCUGUGAGGACCAGAGACACUUUACUGGAUGGACAGUGAGACGAUACACACACAGUGAGGGAGUGUUAGAUUGUCCACGGUGGGGCUCAGUAACAGGAUCUACAUGUAAUAUCAGCUCCCUCUCCACAUCCUACACUGGAGUUUACUGGUGUGGCUCAGAAAUUGGGGAAACCAGUAAUCCUGUCAACAUCACAGUGUAUGAUGGUAAUGUGAUCCUGGAGAGUCCUGUCCAUCCUGUGACUGAGGGACAUCCUCUGACUCUACGCUGUUUAUAUCGCUACACAAAGCCCUCAAACCUCCGAGCUAAUUUCCAUAAAAAUGGAUCAGUUCUCCAGACACAGACUACAGGAGAGAUGAUCAUCUAUAAGGUCUCAAAGUCAGAUGAAGGUUUCUACCACUGUAAAUACACAGGGAGAGGAGAGUCACUGAAAAGCUGGGUCUCAGUCAGAGGUUCUAAACCUACAGAUGGUACAGUAGGAUUGUCUGUGGGACUGAGUUUGUUCUUUAUCCUCAUUGUUUUUCUGAUUUUAAUGAUUGUAUUCUGGUACUACAAAAUAAAGAAAGAAAACCAGCAGGAAAGCAAUCAAUCAUCAAAACAGAAUCAGAGCCGUUUAGGACCAGAAGACUCUAAAGCAGGACACACACAACUUCAGGCUGAGAGUUCAGGUGAAGCUGCAGCUGAGAGCAGUGAAUCUACUUAUGUAAAAGUCAAGAAGGAAAAGAAGACAAAUAGGAACACUGGAGCUGAUGCGAAAACUAAUGGUCAUGUGAUGUAUGCUGAGCUUGAAUUAAAACCAAUGAAAAAGGCAAAGAAAGUCAAAGAGAAUUUCAGAGUGGAUGAUGAGACUGUAUACUCAGAGCUGCAGCAGUAGUGAUCCAUCUAUCUGUACACUGAUCAAGCUACAGUUAUCAAACAGAAUUGUGCAACUUUGCUAAGUAUGAAUAUUGCCAGAUCUGGCAGCUGAGGGAUCUGGAGCUUUUCUUACCUCAACCAUUCACUAAUAAAACUACAAGGACUUUAUCAGUGUGUGUAAAUUUUUGGCUUUAUUGAUUAUAGUUUUUCAGUCAGAUGAUUUAUUACUUUUUUUUUAAUGAGGCCCACCACCAGGAAACAAAACCAUAGAGAACCAGGACAAUUCGUUGCCGAUGUUUGAUUUCAGAUUUCAUCUUGUGGGUGCUAGGAAUGUACUAUAUGGACAUCAUUUCAACUAAUUUCACUAUUCAUUGUACAUAUUUGUACUGUUGAAUAUACUUAGAUAUGUAGUAGUAGAAGUAGUAGCAGCAUAUAUUUUAAGUUAAUUAUUGCAGCUUUUUACAACUGUAAUGUUUUCUUCACUUUUUUU